CGAAGCCUCUGCCUGUAAGCUUUAAAUGAACGCUCGACUGAAGGGAGGACAUUGUUCAGGUUGCUAUGUAGGCGCUGUCUGCCUUUUGAUGUCAAAUGUCGCUGAGGGCACUGAGCUCCUACUAUGUGUUAAUACCUCUGCUGAGAACAGAAUGUUCACUGACAUAGCCCUUGCCACUGAGGAAUGCAGAGGUUAGUGGACAAGAAAAAGUGAUAAUGAAUGUGGAUCAUGAAGUUAACCUCUUAGUGGAGGAAAUUCAUCGCUUGGGUUCAAAAAAUGCUGAUGGGAAGUUCAGCGUGAAGUUUGGGGUCCUUUUUCGAGAUGACAAGUGUGCCAACCUCUUUGAAGCAUUGGUAGGAACGCUCAAAGCGGCAAAACGAAGGAAGAUUGUCACAUACCCAGGAGAGCUACUUUUGCAAGGUGUCCACGACGAUGUUGAUAUUAUAUUGCUGCAAGAUUAAUGGGGGUUUGCACAGCUUUGUGUACUGCUGUUUUGCUUUUCUGAUAAACUGGAAUGUUGAGUCAAAGAACAAACAUGAUUUAAUGUAUUUUUAUAAAACUUUGUAAACAGAAGGGGACUCAUGGUUUAGAAGUCUUCCUUUUUUUAUAUCUCAAUAGGAAUUGUAUGUAUGGCACUGUAAAAUAAACAAAACCUAUUGUUUUCCUCAGGAACCUAGUUGGGAUAUGUAGGCAAUGAUGCCUUUUUGGAGAGGUUAGGGGAAUAUUUUUUUCAUAAAUAAUUCCUAGAAAUUUCUAUAGAUAUUUGACCUUCU